AUGAAAAUUCGAACAAUUAAACGGCCUCACUCCAAGAAUUCUUCAGCUUCUACAGCUGAUCUAUACACCCUAAUGGACUUUAUGAGAAGCAACCCUGUCUCUGUGGUAUCAAACGAGGCCUCAUGCAAAUCUGCUAGAAUUAUUAUGAGAAACCAUUCAGAAGGGAAAUUUUGUGAGACAACGCCAAAUAGCCAAGCGGCGAAUAGAAAACUUCUAAAAGAAAGGGCAAAGACCACGAGAAUUAGCACGCCUAUGUUGGAAACUCCGAGAGUAAAGAAAAGUGAUGAGAAGUUCAGGGAGCUUUUAGAAACUUUAGGACAUGAGCCCGAAAAGCCUGGGAUAAAUCUACCACUUGAUUUGAAACAAUUAGAUAAAUUUUUGAGAAAAGAAAAAACAAAUGGAGAUAUAGUUGAAAAUAAUGAAUAUUUUGAAUUAGGACAGCCUACAAGCAGAAGAGACGCUGAAAACAUUGGUGAAUGGCUUGAUUUAAUGCUCACAAAAGCGCUGGAAGAAAUUAAAGACGAUCCUGAAAAAUUAUUUGAAAAUACAAACGAAAUUUAUACUAUAGGCUUAAAUGAAAUUAUAAGGCAGGUAAGUGUUCAAUGCAAAGAAAGAGGAAUUUUAUUGAGAAAAAUAUGAGAUGCCUAUCAAAAACUAUUUGAAAAUGCUAUAAGCAUGAUGAAAUUAAGACUUGAACAGACAAAAUCACAAAAUUCAACUGACAAAAUUAAUUAUCUAAAUAAACAUAAAGAAGAAUUAAAACAAUUAGAAGCCAAGCUGAAAGACCUUGACCUGAGUAAAGCAAGUUUGGUAGAAGAAAUAUCAGCAAAAGAUGAAAAUAUAAAUCUACUGAAGCUAAAAGAGCAGCAAAUAACAGAAAGAUAUGGGAUAAUUCAAGAGAGAUACAAAGCUCUUAAAAAGGAAAUUUUGACUAUAAAAGAAGAUAUACAUAAAAUGCGAUAAAGUGCGCCGUACCUCCUGACUCAAUUUUCUCAACCUAAUGGCAAUGGAGAAGCAAGUCCAGAAUCUAGGCUGGAGUGGGUUAUGCAUAUCCGAGUAAGGUUUGGCUUAGUUUCUGUGGCUGGAUUUGGAGAUAGUUGUUUAUGCCUUAGGGAUCCUAGGUCAAACUCCUUCCAGGGACCGAAAUAAAUCAUUGAGCCUCAGAAAUUAAUUUGUUUUCCCAGCUACUGAAAGAGGUGCUUUGAAAUCCAAUGGGCUCCAAGUCUUUACUUGAAUCAAGCUACUUCUCCAAGAGAUCAAGGCAAGACUACAAAAAAUCAUAAUCUGGCAUUUAGAACAGGAGAAGCCGAUAUAUCUCUCCGGCUGCAAGGAGAGCUCUUGAGACCCUGAAUCUAUCUGUGCAUGGUAUCAUUACCUACAGGAGGUGAAGAUAGUGCAUUGCAGUCUUCCAACAAAUCGCUAAUAGUAGAUGAAGAUGGUGAAUUGCAAAUUAUCGGCCAAUCAUUGGAACCAAGCUCACAGACGCUCUUAAUGGUGUCAAGCGGAUAAAAGUUGGGCAGAUCCUUAGUGACUGCGUUAACACUAAUGCGAGGAUUUAAGAUUAAGAUUAAUUUUAAGACUAUAAAAGAAGAAAAUCGAAUUCUAAAAAUCAAAGUUGAAAACUCUGGCUUUCAAUUUGAAGAUGAUGGAAAAGGUGGCCUUAUCAUGCGCAAAAAGGUCAGAAAGCGGUUUAUUCCGAAAAAUGAUUCCCAAAUUGAGACUACUUUAAAUAAAGACCCUGUUUUAUUUAACAUAAAAUACAUUAAGCCUACCGAUACGACUGAUGUUUUUGUUAAAAAAAUUGAAAUGCAUGAAAAAAAAAUCGAAUAUAAAUUUAAGGUUGAUGAUUUUCAAGAUAAAUCCACAGAAAUGCCUCAAAAAACUUUUUCAGACAAAUCAAUUAAUACAAAUAUAGAAGAUCUAUGUGGAGAGUCUAUUGGAGUUAAAAAAAGAAGGUCACGAGCUAUGACAAUAUCUGAUACAAAUGCCUAUUCCCCAGAACCUAUCAGAUCUCCUUUAGCUGACUUGGAAUCAUUUUUUUCAAAAAUUGAAAAAGAGGAAGACGAUAUUUUAGUAAUUAUUGGAAAAGAUGAUAAAGAUGAGGUUGCGGAGAUGAAGAGAAAGCAUAAUCACAUUAAAAAGCUUAUAAAUUCUAUCAGAGAAAACGUGUACGAAGAACUAACAUAUGAAAACAUGCCCCAUUCCAAAGUUCUUAAUUUAUUAUAUAGCAGCAUCAACCAAAUUCUCAAAUUCCUCAUCAAACAUCCGUUAGAAAAAAUUGAUGAUGAAUCACUAAAAGAAGAAAUUGUGGAAGAUGAUUCUCCUUUGAAAAAGAAACAAAAAUUAAUUCAAUCCGUAAUUAAUGUAGAAGAAGAAUCCAAAGCCAGUAAAACACUCAUGAACGAUGGCUUAACAAUAAUAGGGAAAAUCAUGGCAACUCCAGUGCACAAGCUGAAAAAUGUAAUGUUUAAGAAAAAUGUUCUGAAACUAAUCGCCCAUUUCUAUCAGGAGCAUGCUAAAGAGAAUGAGCUUAAUAGGGGCGAGCAUUUUGGUCUUUACGUCUAUGAUUUACUUACUCCCCCUGUAAGCGAACAAAACUAUUGGAAAAAUCCCUAAUUUUUGGGAGCGAUAUUUCUGUGAAAUUUGCAUUUAAAACAUAAAUUUAGCAAAUUAAAUUAAUUUUUAAUUCCGGUUUGAGACAUUUUAAAUUCGAAAAGUAUAAAUUUAUAUAUAAAUUUGAAAAAAAGUUAAUCCUCUUCCAUAAGCGAGCAAAAAUUUUGUUCGCUCACAAAGGGGAGUUAUGAAAAAAUUUAUUAUGAAAAAGGCUGCAGAAAAUAGAUUCAAUAAUCUCUUAGCAAGCUGCAUGAAGUACAAAAAUGUCCACAAAAUCAAGCUCUUCGGCAGGUUUCUAGGACUUUAUGAUGCGCUUGACACAGAAGACUUAAAUUUCUAUAUAGAUUGCCUAGAAUUUUUAAAUAAUUCUUUAUCAGGCAAAGCAAAUUUUGACAUUGAGGCUGAAUAUCAGUUCGUGCCAUAUAUAAGAUGCGUGGAAUGCAUAAAGCACUUUGAAAAAUUGCUACCGAAAAAUGAAAUAAAUACCGUGAAAGAGUACCUAGAAACAAUUAAACUGCAAGAUAAAGUCAAUAAAGGAGGAAUUGUAGACUGUGAAUUGUUUUUGGAGAAAAUGGUAUCAGCUUUUCAUAGCUAUAAGCUGGAGCAUAUGAAUUUUAUGAGAUGCAUCUAUGAAGCAGCUGAUUUAAAUGAGGAUGGGUUUUUACAACAGCAAGAAUUUGAGUUAUUGCUUAGAUAUCCUGCCUUUAACUAUAUUAAAACUCUUUUCUGCAGCCUUGAUAUCCUUAUUUAAGCUAAUAUACUAAUAUUUAAUGCAUAAAAUUGAGGAAUUAAACUACUUCAUAAUAUUUAUCAGUGCUUAAUUAUUCCCCUCAUCUUGCAGCCCAGCUCUUUGAUGCUUUUAGUGAAACUUUUACGUCUGAAGACGAAGCAGGCGUCAAAGCCAUUUCUUUUGUAAAUCUUUGCCAAAUGAAUUCAAAGCACCAAAUUUUCACUUUUUCAUCAAUGAUUAAGCUUUCUCAAGCCUCAAAUCAGGCUGAAGCAGAAGAAAAAUUAAAACAGCUAAAGCCAAGGAUAGAAGAGGUAAUUAAUGAUAUUUAUUGACGAUUCACAGAAUCUACUGUGUAUGAAGAUCAUUUGGAAGAAAUGCAUAAUUUAAUAGACACACUAACUCCCUCUCCCCACUUCAUAUUGGAACGAAAAUCAGUUCCAAUUUAAAGGGGGGUAAUUUAUUCUUUUGAAAAACAAUUAUAUUAAAUUUUUUUCUAUAAAGAAAUUUUAUCAAAAUAAAAAAUUAAAAUAGUAUAAAUUGAACACAAUUUUAAAUUAUUUUUAUAUUAUUAUUAUUUCAAAUAAUUAAUCUAUUCAAUGGGAUCUGUUUAAAUAAAUUUUAAAUGCAUUUUUAAUUAAAUUAGUAUUUUUAUUUAACCUAUAAAAUGUUCUAUUGAAUAAAAAAUUGUUCCAAUUUAGGGGUAUGAGGGAAUAAGAUUCAAGCUAAGCACCACAAGCAACCCUGAAGGGACUUGGCUCGGGUAUAAGUUGCUAGAAGAAGAAUCCAAAAGGGUUGUUAUAAUGCAAAGGGUUAGAGAAUUAUUCCCGCAGAUUGGAUUAUACAUUUUGGGGAAAGAAUUAUAUUAA